ACCCAACCACAAGUCAGACGCGAAGACGACUCGACCUGGGGUGCCGGCAGCGCGGCCGUGGCCCAGGGGCGCGGGCGUGGGACUGGGCUGGGGGCCGGGACCCGACUUCGCCCACCCUAACCCCUACCCCCCCCCCAGGAGGUGUGGGGCACGGUCGGGAGGACACCGUCGGAAGGGGCAGCACAGGAGGAUGCUGGUGGCUGGAGGAUGGAGGAGGCAGUGGUGAAGCAGGGUGUGCUCCACCUCCAGCUGCAGCAGACCUUUGGGAAGCAGAAAUGGAAGCGGUUCUGGGCCGUGCUGUACCGGGAGAGUUCCUGCUCCACGGCUCGCCUGGAGCUCUUCGAGGGCUCUUCCCCCCCGGCGCUGGAGAAGCUGCGCAGGGCUGAGGGCAGCAAGAAGCUGGUGAGGCUGAGCGACUGCGUGCAUGUGGCAGAGGUCAGCGGCGACGCCAGCGGCCCCCGGGACACCAUCCCCUUCCUCCUGGAGACCACCGACAGGCGCUACCUGCUGGCUGCCGACGGCGCCGAGGCUGCCGCCUGGAUCCAGAAGCUGUGCGAGCUGGCCUUCCCGAGGAGCAGGGAGGAGCAGGCAGCAGGCAAGGAUGGGCAGCAGCAGGCAUCGCUGGGCACCAGCAGUGACUUCUCCAUGGAGGAAAACUCCCUCUACAGCUCGCCGGGCAAAGCUGGCUUGGAGCAGGCAUUCGAGGUGACAGUGAGAGCCACCGAGUCGUCGGAGCGCUGCCGGCUGCGGGGCCAGUUCAUCCUGCGGGCUGCGGAGGAGGCGCUGGAGCUGCAGCAGAUCCAGACCCUGGAGGUGCUCUACAGCUGGCCCUACCGCUUCCUGCGGCGCUUCGGGAGGGACAAGGUGACCUUCUCCUUCGAGGCUGGCCGGCGCUGCGCGUCCGGGGAGGGCAGCUUCGAGUUUGACACCCGCCAGGGCAAUGAGAUCUUCCAGGCCAUCGAGCUGGCCAUCAGCAGGCACCGGGCACGGGCAGCCGAGGAGCCACGGCGAGGUGCCCCCGGGGACGAUGCCAACUGGCCGCUUGCCCACACCAGGAAUCCCAGCUGGGCACAGGGGCACGAAGAACCUCCCGGCGCCAAGUGUCCCUCGUUGGAGCCCGGCUGGGAAGGGAAGGUGACCAAAGCCAAGCCAGCGAUGCCCCCGAGCAGCUGCCCGGGGGCUGGGGAGCCGCCGGGCACCUUCCUGUCCUCCCGCGGUGCUGAUGCGCCCUGCGCGGAGCCCUGCACCUCCCUGCGCCGGGCAUCCCCCCUGGUGCCCGAGAAGAGCUGGAAGCAGGAGGCUCCAGCCAAGGUGGGCGACGAACUCGCCUAUGCCACCCCCUUUGACACCAUCGCCAAGACCUUCCUGGCUCACCAGCUGGGCAGCCUGGGCCAGCCAGACCCUGUCUAUGACAGCAUCGGGGAGGCAGAGGGACGAGAGGGCGCCCAGCCCCCGCCGCGUCCCACCGCUGCCAAGCCCUACCACAUCUACGACGAGCCCGAGGGGCUGUCUGCUCACAGCGUCUACGAUCAGCCCGAGGAGGUGAAGGGGGACGCCUGGAAGCUGCAGGCAGCCCCAGAGGAGCCCAGCGGGCACCAGUACCCCUACAACCCGCAGCGGGAUGACUACGCCGUGCCCAGGAGGCCCUUCCAGCUCCGGCAGCCGCUGAGGGACGAGUGGCUGAGGGACGGCGACUAUGACAACGUAGCCCUCAAGCUGGCCAAGAAGAGGAACGUGCAGUGAGUGGGAGGAGGGAAGGAGAGGAGGAGAAGACCACCCCCGUCCUGCAGCUAGCAGCACCACCCCACCCCCCCCCGACCCUAACCCAUCGCCUCCUGCAGUAGAGCUGAGCUCUCCCUCGGCGCAGCGCACCCAUGGCUGGAGGGGAGAGAUGCGAGGGGAGGGCACAUCUGGGCAGCUGCGGAGCCGGCCGCUGGGAUGCUCCCGCUGGAGGGCAGUGUGUGCCCGCAGGACGGGCAGGGCAGGCAGCUGCUCCCCCCGCAGCCCUUCCGCUCGCACCGACGGCAGCGCAGGGGCAGCGCCGGGCGGAGUCGGAGCCCAAACUCCGCUGCCGCUGCCCCUCGGGCACCCAGCGCUGCGAGCUGCAGAUCCUCGUGUGCCUGCCUAGGGAUGCAGGUCCUGCGCUCUGGCCGCAGCUGGGCGAUGCACAGCCCUGGCAUGCUCCACCCGUGCCGGCUGGUCCUGCACAUCCCUAGGGAUAUACAUCCCGCACCAUGGAUGCAGCCAGAUGGCUGCUCAGUCCUGCACAUCCCUAGGGAUGCGUAUCCCAUGUUAUGGAUACAGCUAGAUGGUGCUCAGCCCAAGCAGCUCCGUCCCGGGCAUCCCUAGGGAUGCACAUCCCACACCUUGAAGGCAGCUUGAAGAUGCUCAGCCCCAAGAAUCACAGAAUGGUUUGGGGUGGGGGGAAGGGACCUCAAAGCUCAUCCAGUUCCAGCUUCCUGCCAUGGCCAGCUCCUGCCAGCCCAGGCUGCUCAAGGCCCCAUCAAAGCUCUCUUUCAACACCUCCAGGCUUGGAGCCUCCCCAGCUUCUCUGAACAAUCUGAUCCAGAGCCUCAUCACCCUCCAGGGGAAGGAUUCCUUCACUCCAGGACAUUCCCAUUGCCAGCCCCCAGCAGCAGCCAGUGCUGGGCAGCCUGCCUGUCCAAGGCCACACCAGAUCCUUGCUCCACAAGACCAAUGCCACCAACUCCUCUCUCUCAGCCAAGCCUUCCUUUGUAUUUUAUUUUAUUAUUGCUAUUUCUCUUUUUUCCUGUUGUUUUGUUUUCAUUAAAGCACUUUC